AUGCCUCGAAAGAUGCGGCUUGAUGUUGGGUUGGUGGCAUGCUUGGCAGCCUUCUCUGGCGUGGCCGAUGCAUUCUGGCGCCUUCCUUGUCGUGGACGAAGUGGUAUAGCCCGAAUGGAUCCAUUAAUGGACCCAGGAAAGCCAUCAUACCACGUGCAUGCAAUUCAUGGACCCAACACUUUUUCUAUGUCUGUCGAUGAGAUGAGCCUAAAGGACUCGAGCUGCACGUCAUGCGCAGUCACCCAGGACAAAUCGGCAUACUGGACUCCCGCGCUGUACUUCAUGUAUGAGAACGGCGAUACCGAACUGGUCGAACAAGUGGGGGGCAUGCUUGCUUACUACCUCCUCUACGGAGAGAAUGUGACUGCCUUCCCUGAAAACUUCCGGAUGAUUGCCGGUGACCAAUACAUGCGUAACUUCCCCUGGCCGGUUCCUGACCCCCCCAAGUCCGAGUGGACAGGCAAUCAGGCUUCCCAGGACGCACUACGCCAAAAGGCCCUUGGGUUUAACUGUCUGAACUACAACGCGGAUCCGGAGCCUUCGCUUGGUCGUCAUUAUUUGCCAGCCAAAGACUAUCUCGAUCAGCAUUGUCCCGAUGGUAUUCGCAUCGAAAUAAUGUUCCCCUCGUGCUGGAAUGGUAAAGACACCGACUCCGCGGACCAUAAAUCGCAUGUGGCCUAUCCGUCGCUGGUUAUGGACGGAACAUGCCCGGAAGGAUACGAAACCCGCGUUGUUUCCCUUUUCUACGAAACCAUCUGGAAUACCAAUGCCUUCAAGGACAAGAAAGGCUCGUUUGUCAUCUCCAAUGGCGACCCGACUGGAUACGGUUAUCACGCCGACUUUAUUCAUGGCUGGGAAUCUGGUAUUCUCGAACAGGCUGUGGAACGGUGCACCAACCCAUCUGGACAGGUGACGGAUUGCGACGUCUUCAAUGUACAGAGUGAGAGCGAGCAAAGGAAAUGUACCUUUGAUCUUCCCAACGCAUUGAAGGAUGAGAAUGUUUUCAAGGUCCCAGGCAGUCUUCCUAACAAGCUUGCUGUCCAACAUGGACCUGCUUAUGCCAGCCCUGUUCUUUAUGCCGACGGCGGUGCCCCCAGCACCGCCCAAGACCCUCCCAAGCCGACCCAGGCACCGACCAAAGCACCUACCCCGAUCACAUCCUACGUCCAUGCUACUGUUACUCAAGCUAUCGUCUACGUCGAGCAAGAUAUCAUUAUUUACGUGGAUGGGCAGGGUAAUCCACUUAGGACGGAGUCUGGCACACCUGAGACAAUUUCCACCAAGACAACCACGGUCGAUCAAGUGGUCUCCACUGUUGUUUCCACACCAACAGACCCCCCUGCGAAGCGUGACGGACAUGCUCGUAUGCACAAGCCUCAUCGCCAUGGUCAUCACGGCCAUUGA